AUGAAGUUCUUCGAGAACCUCUAUACAUACGAAUAUUCCUUUCCCGCCGUCUCUCUUGCCUACUUCCUACGUUAUCCAAACCCGUAUUCGAGACAUGUCCUGACGACCGAUGUCAUCGAUCGCUAUGUCGACCCGGCGACACAUCGUCUUCAUACGACCCGGAUUCAUCUGAAGAAGUCAAAAGUGCCGUCAGGAAUCCUGAAGCUCCUCCCGAAGGGUAUCGGCGGAUCCGACAAUUCCGGGCAGAGCUAUAUCCUAGAGACCACAGUUGUCGAUGUUAAGGAAGGCUGGAUGGAGUCCGAGUCCCGCAACAUGGAAUGGACUGGAAUAUUAAGUGUAGUGGAAAGGCAAGUCUAUCGACGCCAGCCAUUGGAGGGAAGUCAAGAGAAGCUUGACGGUCUCUCGCUCGAUGACAAGCGAACUGAACGAACCACGGUGAAUACCACUGUUACCUUCCGCUCCCGCUUCGGACAGGGAAAGCUUCUCGGCCGUAGGAAAACAGAGGAUCUCACCGGAGACUAUGAAGAAGAGACUCCCAAACGGGGAUUCUUCACCUCGUUGUCCACUGCAGGAAUCCAGCGGACCAUUGAACUGAUUGGGCUUAACCGUACUCGCGAUGCCAUUCUAAAGAGCAAGCAAGGAAUGAAUGUCGUUCUUGAGCGACUGCGCAGCGGUGGCAUAGUCGGCGUUCUUGACGGCAUGCGCCAGGACCGUGAGGCUAUAGCUGUUGGGACGGAGGGUCCUUGGAAGCGUGUCUGGCUCGCAGGGAAUUCUGACAACGACGACUAA